GAGAAUGUAGUAUUAAAAAUAUAAAAUGUAGUAUUAAAAUAUCAAUAAUACCGACUAUCGAUAUAAUUUCCAAUUACUGACACGGAUAUUUGAAUAAUUAGCUUAUAAUGCAUUAUUAAUUUCAUAAUUUAUUAUUUAUAGAAAUGCUCCAUAAAUAGCCAGUAUAUUUACCAAAUAAUACCAAAUACACCGUUGCAAAAUUAUAUUUUUUUUUUUUUUCCUUACAGUUAUCACUCGCAUGAGCAGUCAAACAUGCACGAUAAAAAUGCAGUUUUAAACGGAAUUAAGUCUUAUUGAGUCUUAGUGUACGAAGCAACAAGAUGAUAAUAAAUUAAAACAUUAAUAUCACGCUACGAUCUAACUGUAUAAAUUUUAACGGCCAAGUAAAAUUUCACGAUGGUCGGUUUUAAUAGGUUCUUGUCGGGCCCAAAUGAUAAUAACGCGAUACACAUAAUAUAAAUAUUUCGACAAGGUACGUUACUGUGCUGCGUUACUGAGCAUGCGCGGAAAAAUCCCUCGAUUUGGGAUCACUGCCCUUCACUCGUUUGCGCACGGUGAAUCGCAACAGGGUCUCGUAUUGGGUUUUUACCUACGUUUAUUUCGCACGCAAAUUGCCGGCAGCUUGCGAAAAAUUUGUUAAUGAUCGUGCCGUAUAAUUCGUUCGCGAGUCCGGCGGUAUAAAUAAAAGAUGGAAAUGAACGAGAAUCGAACGCAAGAAAGACCGCAGGACGGAGAAUAUGGAUUUGUUUGGCAAGAUUAUCUUGAUGCUACCAAGAGUGUGGAAGUUCCACAAAUUAUGUUCCCUCAUGUGGAGUUGACAUUGCAGAACAGUAUUGAGAUAGGCAUGUCGCUAGAAGUACCAGUGCAAAAAAAUAACGAUGAAGAACAAUCAUAUUGGGUAGCUUCUAUUGUUAUGCCUUGUGGACCUUUAUUGCGAUUACGUUACUUUGGUGGUGAUGAUAGAUCUUUAGAAUUUUGGUUUAAUCUUACAAAAGAAGCUGGUCAUGAACUUGGCUGGAGCAUGAAAAAUAAUAAGAAGUUGAAGCCACCUGACAUUAUACUUGAGAGAUCACCAGACUGCGUAGAAAAGCUGCAUGAAUUUUUAACAACAGCACGUACACUUCCAGCAGAGAUGUUAACAGGAGAUGGCCUAAGUAUGACUGACAGGAUAAAACAGGGUAUGAAAGUUGAGAUAAGUGAUGUGCUGCAUCCAUACAAAUUAUGGGUAGCUACGAUUAUGGAAAAUGUUGGAGGACGUCUUUUGCUGAAAUACGAUACUCCCGAUUCUUUGCGUCAGGGCUUUUGGAUAUUUUGUACAUCCGAGCGUUUACAUUCAUAUGGAUUUACAUCUAAGUCAAAUUCCACUUGGUUUUUGGAACCACCUAGUUCGAUAAUCGAUUUACAUGCAUAUGAAGAAUGGAAGGAUUUGUUAGAAUCUAAACCGAAGGAUUGCGAGCUAUUAGAAGAAUUAUUUAAUAAUAAUGUAGAUCAUUCAAAGCAUGGUUUUGAAGUUGGAAUGAAGUUGGAAGCUUUGAAUCCAGCAGAUCGAAUAAAAAUUUGCCCUGCUACUGUAACGAAAGUAUUUGAUGAUAUAUAUUUUCUUGUGAAUAUUGAUACACAUGUUGAAUGCUUGGACAAAUCAGAUGAUAUGUAUGUGUCUAAUAAUUCAGAAAAUAACACAUGGCUGUGCACUGCAGAACAUCCAUAUAUAUUUCCAAUCGGAUGGGCGCAAAAAAAUAAUAUUAUGAUUACUCAUCCACAAGGUUGGAUCUCAAAGACUGAAAAUUUUGAUUGGAAUGAAUAUUUGAAUACAUUUCACGCUAUCGCAGCGCCUGAAAACUUAUUUGGUGAACGUGCGAAUGCCAUUGAGGCAGGUUUCGAAUGUGGUAUGAGAUUGGAGGCGGUUGAUCCAGAACAUGAACAUGUAAUAUGCGCCGCCCACAUUAAUAAAAUCGUUGAUAAUUUGUUAUGGAUAAAAUUAGAUAAUUACGAAUACUUUCGGCCAGAUCAUAUUGUCGACAUGUAUUCCUUGGACAUAUUUCCGGUCGGAUGGUGUGAAUCUAAUCACUAUCCGUUAAAACCUCCGCACGACUAUAUAGAAAUUUGUAAAAAAUUAGAAACAUCCGUAAAGGAGGAAAAGAAAACCAAUAUUCUGGACAUACCGAUAUCUGAGCCACGUUCUUCCCUUUGGUGUCCAAAGAUAUAUUUUAAUUAUAGAUGUUUCACAGGUCCCAUGAUAUCGAAAGGUAAAUUAGCCACUCUUCCAAAAUCGGUAGGACCUGGUCCAGUUAUAUUAGUCAUGCGAGAAGUUUUAUCGAUGAUAGUAUCUGUUGGAUACAGAAGUGCUAGAAUUUUGAAAGUUUUACAAUGUGAUACCAAACCAGAUCCUGGAUAUCAUUUAGAAAUCUUAAAGGCAAAACAUAAAAAUAAUACAUACCGUGCGAGUGUAGCCAUUGUUACAUCAGGAGACAUGGUAGCAGAUUUUUGCAGAAGUAUUUGUAAAAAGUUGAUGGUAUGCCCAAAUUUAUUCGGUCCGUUGCAUAUAUCAGAAAAUGAAUGUCCAGAUGAAUGUUAUAAAACAUCAAAAACGAAAUAUACAGCAUCAGUUGGAACUGGAAAAAGAGGAAAACCAAAAGGAUAUACAAGCAUUAUGGUGCAAAAACCAAAACCUUGGGGUAGAAGACGUAAACGGCGACGUGGUAGAUGGGCAAACAAGCAUAAAGAAGUUCACGAACAGGAAUACGACCAGGAAGAUGAAAUGCCAUUUAUACCAUUAGAUUUAGCAAAACAUAUCUCAGAGAAUCAUGUUGAGACAUUCGAUGGAAGGCAACCACUUUCAGAAAUAGACAUCAUGAUACAAAAAGGUUUAGAGAAAUCUGACAAAUCGGAUGAUUUCAAAACUGAAAUAGCUUCUAGUAAUGUUUCAGAGGAUUCUGGUAGUUCAUUCAAUGAUAGAAAAGCAAAGGAUCGAGAAUUACCUAGUCCUCCAAGUUUAAAUUCUAAACAACAUUCCACAAGAUUCAGUCAAAACUUGGGAAUGACUAGAGGAACUAAAAGAGAUUGGGAUACAAGCAUAGAAUCUGAUUGUUCCGAAGCAGAUGCUGAAUACGUUAAAAUGCAAAAAACACAAAGGCGACCAAAGACUCGAAAGCUUGAUUCAAAUCCAUUGUAUUGGAGUGUAGACGAUGUAUUUCGAUAUCUCAGAAAAACGAAUGAUUGCAAAGAUCUCGCGUAUCGUGUCAAGGAAGAAGAAAUUGAUGGUCUCGCGUUUUUGUUGCUGAAUCUUCCUUCUCUUACACAGCAUAUGAAACUGCGAACGAGCUUAGCCAUGAAAUUGUGUCGACACGUUGAACAAGUCAAAGUCACAUUUUUCCUACGACAUAUUCACGAAGUAGAGCCUGAACAAUAUCAAAUUGUUUAAUUGAGUUUAUUAAUAAAAUUUCUGUUUACUCACAAUGCCUAUUUAUAUGUACAUACAAAAUUUUUAGGAUUAGCAAACUUAAAUAGAAUUCAGACUUCAGUUUAUUAAUAUAUUUUUAUGUAUUUUAAUCUCUUAUUGAUGUCCAUUGCUAUUUUAUGAAACCAAAGUAUGAAGAAUUGAUUUUUAAAAUUCGAAUUAUUAAUAAAAGGUACAUAUAUGUACUAAGAAGUAUAAGGAUUGUUAAUAAAAUGUUUGUAUGAUCAGUUUGUAAAUAAGGUUAUUGCAUAAGACGUAUGUAUACUAUCGUUUCAGAGACACGAUAAUGAUGAAUUAUAAAAGAUGUAUGUGAAA